CAAAUUUACACGACUGAGGAAGAAUCCCUCCCCCUUCCCGCCCUAUUUCACCCUCACCGAAACCCCGGCGCCUGGUUCCCGCCAAAUCCGACAUUCCCGCCGUCCCAAAUUUUCUCCCGAGCUCUAAUGCUUUCCAUCUUCUCUCAUUUACCCCAAUCUUAAAGAAACUGUGCAGCUCCCAUCUCCCUAUUCCCCUCUCUUUCUCUCUCCAUGGCUGCCGUGGCUCCCAAAACUCCCUUCAGGCGAAGAACGCAGGCCAGGUAUUUGAAUGCUUACGAAAAAGCUCGCAUUGAUUCGAUCGAGUGCAAUAACUGCCAUUCCGGCGACUGCGCCGACGAGCUCGUGCUCUGCGAUGGGUGCGAUUUAGGGUUUCACCUCUUCUGCCUUCGACCCAUCCUCGCCUGCGUGCCUUAUGGAUCCUGGUUUUGUCCUUCGUGCUCAUCCAGCAAGAAUCCCAAGCCAUUCCCAUUAAUCCAGACGAAGAUCGUCGAUUUCUUCCGGAUCCAGAGAUCGACGACUGGUUUUGAUAAGGCAGAGAGCCGGAAACGGAAGAAGCGGCAUGGAGGGUUAGUGGUGGCGAAGAAGAAAAGAAAGCUGCUGCCGUAUAGCCCGAGUGAGGAUCCAGGAAGAAGAAUGGAACAAAUGGCUUCUCUUGCCACUGCAUUGACUACAACUGGGGCAAUCUUUAGGGACAAUCUCACUUAUUGUUCCGGAAUGGCCCCGAGGUCCGCUAAUCGCGCUGAACUAGAGGAUGGCGGGAUGCAGGUUCUGUCGAAGGAGGAUGCUGAAGCAUUGAAUCUGUGCAAAAGAAUGAUGGAAAGAGGAGAAUGCCCACCUCUCUUGGUUGUCUUUGAUCCCCGCGAAGGGUUUACAGUUGAGGCAGAUAGAUCCAUCAAAGACCUAACAAUAAUCACCGAAUAUGUUGGUGAUGUUGAUUUCUUAGAGAAGAGGGAACAUGAUGAUGGAGACAGCAUGAUGACAUUGCUUUCAGCUAAAAAUCGAUCAAAAAGUCUCGUAAUUUGCCCUGAUAAACACAGCAACAUUGCUCGGUUCAUUAAUGGCAUCAACAAUUACACGCUGGACGGGAAGAAGAAGCAGAAUUUGAAAUGUGUGAGAUAUGAUGUUGAUGGCGAGUGCAGAGUUCUGCUUGUUGCUAAUAGGGAUAUUUCAAAAGGCGAGAGAUUAUAUUAUGAUUAUAAUGGUCAUGAACAGGAGUACCCUACACAUCAUUUUGUUUAGGAAAAAGAAAAAAAACAUUUUGUUCAAUAAAUUGAGUAUGUUGUUUGGAGAACAAAAUGGGCAUUUUUUAAUGCUGAAUAGGGGAAUUCAGUCUCUUUUGGGCUAAUACUGCCCUUUAUUUGAAAUUGUUGACUCUUGAAUUCUAAUCAUCUUAUAUAAAAGAAUUGCAUUGGUUAUUUUGACCGCCUCUUUUGUGCUUUUUUUUUCGUGUUUGAUUCGCAUUUGGCCUA